AUGGAGCUAGAUAUCGUCAUAUCAUCACGGCCUCCAAAAUCUAGAGACGACGCUACAGAAGUAUCUAACGUCGAACCCCUCAUCCAGGAAGCCCUAGACCCCGAAUCGCGAGCAACGCCUGUUCUUCGGGAAGAAUGCUCUUAUGCGCAAUUCGAUUCAUUUUGGUCACUCGCCCUCCCAAUCGUUGUGCGAUCCUAUGCCAACUUACAUGGUCCAUGGUCCCUGCCUGGUCUUGCUAGUGUCCUUGGCGAGGAUGCAUGCGAGGUACUAGACUGCGAGAAUCCACAAUACGCCAAGACAACCACUGUUGAUCUCUUCCUAAAAGAGUUGGCCAAUCCUUCACAUCUAGCGCUUGGUGCUCCAGUGUUGAAACUCAAAGACUAUCCAAAGAGGGCAACCUCUGAACGGGGAGCGUCAAUAUUGUCAAGGGACCUCCAGUCCUGUCUCCCGGUACCCAAGUACACCAGCGAGGACGGCCCUUUGAAUGUCACUACUUUGUAUUCAAGUAAUUACCAGCAUACUCCUUACUUCGGACCUGUUUAUAACGCUGGGAUGAUCAGUCGACAAGACGAAAGUUCACAUGGGAAUACCCGUUUGCGCAUGGAGAUCUUUGACACGGUGUAUAUCAUGCCAACGCCAGGAAAAGCCCGAUGGCUCAUCUUCCCAAGCGAAUACACCGAGAAACUAAUUGACUUCAUUUGCGAUCGAUUGCAACCGAACCUCGACAACCCGGAGGUCACACCCUCGCUCAACGACUAUCACGUAUAUCUGUCACCAAUCGAUUUAGCUGAACUCCGUGAACUCGGAAUUGUCCCAUUUACAUUUGAUCAACACGAACGUGAUGUCGUCUUGAUCCCGGCCGGAUGCGCCUACCAGAUCCUAAACAUGACGCCGUGUGUCAACGUUUCAUUAAAUUUCCUCGCGCCCCAGAGCCUCAAAAGAUGUUCUGAAGCCGAUGCCCAUUUUCGUGCCUCCUCUUGUUCAAGGGAUGCUCUCCAAUUUGGACUGCUCCUCAUUCACUCUUGGAUGUCUCUAUCAGUUGCCGAAAGUCAGCUUGGGGACGAGCCACCGACGAUUGCGCCCAAUAAGUGCCCCGAUCCCGACUUCAAGUUGGCACCCGCCAAGUUCAAAACAGAAACCCUUUUGAGAGAACUCGCGACAUCCACUGCAGCUGACGCCGAAGCGCUAGACCCGGAUGAAGAUACCAUGGAAAUCGAUGCUGCUUGUACGUCGUCUCCGACUCCCGGCAGCAUUACUAGGUCCUCUGCGACGCCAGCACAUCCUGUCUCAGCCACAGACCCAGAAUUCAAAGUGGCUGUCAAACAUGCCCUUUAUCAGUUAGGUAUACCUAUACCUGGACUUGUGCAGAGGCUACCGCAGUAUCCCUCGCCUGAACACUAUAUUCCGUAUAAUUACCUACAUCCUUUCAACUUCCACUAUCCUUCGAACAUGGCUUCUCUGGGAUAUGCCCUCCCCACUCCAACAGCUCGUCCACUUCCACACCAACUGGCAAUGCCGCUCCCAAUACCCAUGCCGUACUCAGGAAGCAUAGGGACCGGAAACGGUCCAUCUAUCCACACAUGGGACUCCUCCAUCCCUAUUACGCCACAGGACCCCAAAGUCGAACAAUCCUCGACGAGGUCGCUAGCCCUCGACCCCUCCGGAUCCACAAGUAUCUUCCGGAUAAAAACGUUCGACAGAAUCCAGCGUCGGCAGCGUCGAUGUUACAACUGUGCACGGCCUUACCCAGAAUGUCAAGGAUCGCGGAAACGAGACGAAUGCAGCAUGAAACCCGAGAAUGCUAGCAGAUCGAAAUGA